CUGUGGGGUGCUGAGUGGUUAGGGUUUAGGGUGCCUCGGGUGAGAAGCGCAGCAUUUAAAUGUCUGCCUCCCUAAACCACUCACCCUGCAUUUCAGAGCAGCACCCACUGGUGUGCACCCUUCAAGGCAGCACAUCCAGCUAUUUCGUUCCUGAUUCGUGACACACUUCCCAAGUAAUGAAUGGUCCAUUAAAUUAAGUUUGGGCGUCUCGUCUCUCUCGCCACAGCCACCUCCUAGUCCGCACCGUCAGCUGGGGAGGCCCUUAAGGCGGGCUGCAGCCUGCCAGCCUUCACCCCCCUCCUGCGCCACCUCUCCGGCUCGCCUCCCUCGCCCGCCCCUCCCCCAGGUUAUUUGGGAGAUUAGAGUUCAUUAAUUAAAUCCUGUGCUCAGAUCGAACUGUAACAUUAUUCCAAUCACAUUUAUCUUGCAGGCGGCAGCGGAGGAGGUGGGAGCCUCGCUGGAAACGCGCGGGGGAGCCGAGCCCGCGGCCGGAGACGCACAGCGCGGCGCGCUCCAUCGCCACGCCGCGCGCAGACCCUCCAUCUUCCCCUCGGCCUCCCCAGCUCGCCGCGCCCGCCUCGGGGGUCCUGCUUCUCUGGGGCUCCCGCCGCCCCACCCCACCCCUCCACCCCCCACCCCCGGCCCUGCGCCUGGCCGCCCUCCCCCUCCACACACGCUGACACGCGCGCACGAACACACACACGCGCGCACACACGCGCGCACACACACUAACACGCCAGCGAGCUGCUGGCUGCUCAAUGGACCGAUUUCCCCGCUUCCCCUGAUCCCAGCCUGGCCCGGAAUGAAAAAUUGCAAAAUGGCCCGGGUCGCCAGUGUGCUGGGGCUGGUCAUGCUCAGCGUCGCUCUGCUGAUUUUAUCGCUCAUCAGCUACGUGUCCCUGAAAAAGGAGAACAUCUUCACCACUCCCAAGUACGCCAGCCGGGGGGCGCCCCGAAUGUACAUGUUCCACGCGGGAUUCCGGUCACAAUUUGCACUGAAGUUUCUAGAUCCGUCAUUUGUGCCCAUUACGAAUUCUCUGACCCAGGAACUCCAAGAGAAACCUUCUAAGUGGACAUUUAAUCGGACAGCGUUUUUACAUCAAAGGCAAGAAAUUCUUCAGCAUGUCGAUGUAAUAAAAAAUUUUUCUUUGACCAAGAAUAGUGUUCGGAUCGGACAACUGAUGCACUAUGAUUAUUCCAGCCAUAAAUAUGUUUUCUCUAUUAGCAAUAACUUCCGAUCGCUGCUUCCAGAUGUGUCACCCAUUGUGAAUAAGCAUUAUAACAUCUGUGCUGUGGUCGGAAAUAGUGGGAUCCUGACAGGGAGCCGGUGUGGACAAGAAAUAGAUAAGUCAGAUUUUGUUUUCCGUUGCAAUUUCGCCCCUACGGAGGCUUUCCAAAGAGAUGUUGGAAGGAAAACCAACCUUACCACCUUCAACCCCAGCAUCCUGGAAAAAUAUUACAACAAUCUUUUGACCAUUCAGGACCGUAACAACUUUUUCCUCAGUUUAAAAAAGCUUGAUGGGGCCAUUCUUUGGAUCCCUGCAUUUUUUUUCCACACUUCAACAACUGUUACCAGGACAUUAGUUGACUUUUUUGUUGAACACAGAGGUCAGUUAAAGGUCCAAUUGGCCUGGCCUGGAAAUAUAAUGCAACAUGUCAACAGGUACUGGAAAGACAAACAUUUGUCACCCAAACGGCUGAGCACAGGUAUCCUUAUGUACACCCUGGCAUCCGCAAUUUGUGAAGAGAUCCACUUGUAUGGAUUCUGGCCUUUCGGAUUUGACCCCAACACCAGGGAAGAACUUCCGUACCAUUACUAUGACAAAAAAGGAACCAAAUUUACCACCAAGUGGCAGGAGUCCCACCAGCUGCCUGCUGAGUUUCAGCUGCUGUACCGAAUGCAUGGGCAAGGCCUGACCAAGCUGUCCCUGUCACACUGUGCCUGAGAACUCUGAACAGAAAGUGCCAAAAGGCUGUUUAAGAAGUGCCCCAAGUCAAAUUGAAUAGUCUUCAGAAUAGAACCCUAGAGAAUUUCUUAUAAGGAUGGUCUGCCAUUUAAAAGGAAAGAUGUCUUCUCUCCCUCUUUGCACGGCUCUUUCGAGGGUCCUAGCAGGACAGAGGCAUGGAAGCCACAUGGUUUCAACUUGGUUGAUAAAGGGGAUGUUGCGUGUGGAACUCUGCUGCUACUGAAAUGGUUUGAAGUAUUUUCAUGUUUGUAUUUUAAUAAUAAACUGCCUCCCAUUUUUUUUAGGAGGACUAGAGCUGUAGUUGCUGCAGCUUUGCUCAGAAACAGUCCUCAUAACCAGAGGCUUCUGGCCAAUUUGGGCAGGAUCUCAGUUUUGCUUGGGUGGGAUCAGACUCUUCAAAAUGGAAACAGAACAUAUGGUUUGCAU